AUGGUCAGCUGUGCCAUCAAGAAAGAUGAUGGGGCUGGUGAUGGAGACCUGAGUGUCAUUGGAACAAAGGCAAUAGUCGGAGAAAUGGAAAUGGAUGAGUUCACUCAGGGCCAACUUCUCCAUCGGCCCCAGCAGGCCCAGUCCCUAGUGCCCUCAAAAAUGUGGGCAGAAAGAUCGAAUGAUGAUGCAGUGCUGGAGAGCCAGCUUGGACUGUGUAGAUACAGACAGUACCCACCCCAGUAUGGCAGAGCAACAACACAGAAGGAACCUGGGUCCCCAUUCAGCUUCCGGGAGCAGAGCUGCCUCAUCGCCUUGGACCAACUCCUACCUAUGGGCAAGAAUGGCCACAGUCAUGAAGUGUUCCUUGAUCAGUUUUGUCAAAUAUUGUCAGUGGCCAAGCGGGGAGAGAACGUGCCUCUCGCAAAGGAUCCCCUUCAUCCCUCUCCAGAGAAGAGGAAACACAAGAAGAAGCACCUGGUGCAAAGCCCCAAUUCCUAUUACAUGGAUGUGAAAUACCCAGGAUGCUAUAAAAUCACAACCAUCUUUAGCCAUGCACAAACAGUAGUUUUUUGUGUUGGCUGCUUUACUGUCCUCUGCCAGCCUACAGGAGGAAUAGUAAGGCUUACAGAAGGAUGCUCCUUUAGACGGAAGCAGCACUAA